AUGGAGCCCACUGCGUCCUCGGCCGCCAAAGCCAAGUUAGAUCUGUUCUCGGCCAACCACUUCGAGAACCUCCAGAUCGCAUACACGGUCAGCUACGGCAUCAUGUUUGCGCUCUCGAUCGUUCUCCUUGUGUACUUGCGCCACAACCGGUUGACAGCAUUCAAAGGCAACAUGUUCGCCGCGCGCAAAGUGAUCUUGCCGACCUUCGAGGCCCUCUUCUGGGUCGUCGCCAUCGUCACGGGAGCGUACUUUUGGUACUUCCUUGCGACCACGUCCAUCCGCUACGUCACCCCGAUCACGUACAGUUGGUUCACCGAGGCAGUGUACCAAGGCAGCCAGUUCACCUUCCUCCUCGUGACGGCAUACUUGUAUCAAUCGAGUGUGUCCCGACCGGCACUACAUCGGUCGAUUGCCCUUGCUGCUGCGGUCACCAUGACUCCGAUCAUCGUUGUCCAUGCGCUGGACACAGCGAACGCGUCCAACGAAACCACUUUCAUCGUCACGAGCGUGAUUCGAGCAUUCAAAUCGAUGUGGUAUGUCUUGAUGCUCCUUCGACCAGUGUCAAGGGCCAGUGUCCGAACCCAGCGCGAGUUCGCCCUCUUUGCGCUGGUGUUUUACACGAGCGCAUACGUCCACGGGGUCUUCAUCUUGAUGAACAACGUCAACGACGCGUCCGAAGUUAUGUUUUGCAACGUCAUUUGGGUGUCGUUCGCGCCGUUCUUCAUCUGGCGCGUCCUGCGCGCCGACACGGAGCACUGGCGCGGAUUCAGCGAACGGGCGUGCGAACUCCAACAGCACUUUCGAGAAAACCAGGGAAUGCAGGAAAUCGUGUCCGCCCAAGGUCUCCAUGUCCUCCUCGAGGUGCACCGCAAGGACAUCAUCGACUUUGCCCACAUGGAGCUCCGAGAACCCAUCGGAGUCGGCGCGUCCGCGAACGUGUACCGCGGCAUGCUGCACUCGACAACCCACGUCGCCGUCAAGGUGUACUCGCCGACCGAGAUCUCCGAGUCGACCAUCCUCGCGUUCUCGCAGGAAGCGGCGCUGUGCACGGCGCUCAAGCAUCCCAACAUCGUGUUCUUCCAUGGCAUGUGCAUCAGUCCGCCGUCCAUCUGCUUGGUGUACGAACUGUGCCGCGGCAGCCUCGAAGACGCGCUGCAGAAACCGCGCGCCGGCUACGUCGAGCCGCUCUGGCCCAAGCUGUGCUACAUACUCGACGCGGCCCGCGCCGUCGCGUUCCUGCACAGCUUCUCGCCGCCAUUCAUCCAUCGCGACAUCAAGCCGGCCAACUUCCUCCUGGACGCGAGCAACGUCGUCAAGCUCACAGACUUUGGCGAGGCGCGCAGCAUGGCAUUCACGAUCGAAGACAUCGCCAACGACGACCGGUCUAUGACGGUCCGAGGCACUGUCGACUACAUGGCCCCCGAAGUCAUCGACGGCAAGCGGGGCGUAGCCAACUACACCGAGACGGCGGACAUCUACAGCCUGGCCAUCACGAUGUGGGACAUCCUCCACCCCGGCCGGGAGAAGUACCCGAGCAGCAACCACAACCACCUGAACGUGUUUCGCAUGGUGCUGGACGGCCAGCGGCCCCCAAUCGACCCCGAGAUCCCCCAGCCGCUCCACGACUUGCUCGAGAACUGCUGGAACGCCGACGCGAUCUUCCGUCCGUCGGCCAAGAUGGUCGUGACCGUUGUCCAGGAAUUUUUGGAAGAGUUGUGUGGCCAAGUGUCGCAACGAGUCAGCGGGUUUGUGUGUGGCUUCGAGUCGCACACACACGGCAAUCGAUUCGUGGCGCCGUCCGCCGCCUUUACUGGCAACGAGCUCGUACGGUGCUUCAUGGAGCACGGGUAUGCUUUCGAGACCGAGGAAGCGAUCCGGUUUGGCAACGCGCUCAUGGACGCGGGGUGUUUGCAUCACACAAAGCACACCACACCGUUCGAAAACUCGACCACGACCACCUACUUCUUUGACACACAACAAGUCGACUUUGCAGCCCCCAUCCAAGACAGAGUAUCGAUCCUCGGAAUGAACGAAUUUACGUCGUUUCCGACUGGUGCGCAUGACGGACCUGCAUUGUGUCCAUGCCGAAAGCUCGGACAAGGCCAUGUCAAGAACAGAGCGGCCGUGGCUCGCACGACAAAUCCGUUCCAUCGUCCCAAGGACGACAACGUCCUGACCGUGAAUCUCCUCCACGACCAGUGUCCUGACGACGUCGACUUUCCUGGUUUCCGUACGAGUUCCACUGGAGGCACAUUGUAUCCUUCCACGCAGCGUACACUCGUCUUGGAGGUCCAGUAG